CUUACCCCAAUAGUUUGUGGCACAUUGAUGGGAACAUGCGCCUCAUAAGAUGGGGCUUUGUGAUUCAUGGUGCAAUUGAUGGAUACUCCCGUCUGAUUACUUACCUCAACUGCAGCACAGACAAUCGUGCCACAACAGUGCUUUCUCAGUUUUUGAAAGCAACAUGCCUCUAUGCCUUACCAUCAAGAGUCAGAUCUGACCAUGGCGGUGAAAACAUCCUUGUGGCUUUAUUCAUGCAUCUAGUUCAAGGACUUGAACACAGAGGUUUCAUAACCGGACAAUCAGUUCACAAUCAGAGAAUUGAACGCCUUUGGCGUGAUGUGUUUUUGCAUGUGUUGCAGCAAUUUUACCUUAUGUUCUACUCCUUAGAGGAUUCAGAGGUUCUAAACCCAGAUGAUGAUCUCCACAGACUUUCACUGCAUAUUGUUUAUCUUCCUGAGAUUCAAAAAAGACUGGAGCAGUUUAGACAGGCCUGGAACCUCCAUCCAUUGCGAACAGAAAAUAAUCGCACACCGACUCAACUCUGGACAGAGGGCAUGCUCAAAAACAUUGCAACAGACAGCACAGCUGUCAACAAUGUGUUUGGGGAAAAUCCCUACAGCGACCAAAACAUUGAUGUCAUCCUAGCGCAGUAUGGAAUUCAAGCACUGCCUACACUUGAUGAGGAAGAGUUCCCAGCUGUUAAUGUAGAGCCACUUCAACUCAUCCUCACUCAGCAACAACAGACAUAUGUACACAAUGCAAUCCAACACAUUUCUGAUCUAAAGAUAAAAUAUCAGGCUUGCUGUACUGCAAUUGUUAGUAUUUUGCAAACUCAGGUAUAGUCCAAAUUUCCAAGCCCAGAGACAAAAGUUUAUUGGCUGCAUAUAUUAUCCAGAACGGAAAGACAUUUUUACUUUCAACAGCUUUAAAUAAUAUUUUCUGUUCAAAUAAGGCAGUAUGGGCAGUGCAGCUGCAGCUGAUGGAGUUAAAGCAAGGUGUGCUAGAUUUGUGAAACAUCUUAAGGUUUAAAUGGAAUAUGAAUCAAUAAAAAAUAUUUAAAAAUGCAUGAAAAAAAAUAAUUCAAUAUGAAUACUUGGGAAAAGUGG